GUGCACUGAUAGGUUUGUAUUCGUUUGUUAUCCUGUGUACAAUAUUAUUAGACACCUGUUUAGUCACCAUGGAAGAGAACACCAUAACGAUGGACGAAUUCCUUAGUUCAGUCAUUGGAAUAUUUACAAGUGAACGCCUACCUCAAAUAGCUUAUACCCAAGUUGACCAACACAUAAGUAAAGUUACUAGAUAUAAGGAGCAAACGCAACACAAUUAUAUGGUGGGAAGUUCUGCUGAAGGAAUGAACAACAACAGUGAUAUUGACGUUAUGGUGGUGAUGUCAAUAUUCCCAGUUGUUUUGUGGCCAUCUCAAACAAAAGGAGAAAAUAAAAACGGGAAUUUUGUAUUUGCUGAGCAGAAUCCAGUGGAACCAGCGUAUCUGAAGCUCAGGGUAGUUGACCAAUCGUGUACACAUGAGAAAUACAGAAGUACAAUUGAUAAGAAUGGGUAUUUUCAGUCCACCAGUUUCAUUACAAGUGUUAAGUGUAGCAAUAGUGGAUAUAUUAGCGAUAGCCCAAAUCCAGAGGGUCUUAGGCCUAAUUUCAAGAUACAAGGUCCCUCGAUACAAGGUGCAGUAAAGUUGAUGAAGAGUUUAGAUAAUGUCUAUUGCUUGAAAUGUCAAUCAUGGCCGUCGUCUAUCAGUUGUGAAUAUUUCAAUAGAGAGAGACAGAACAAGUGGCCACCACAGAAGUUGUUAGAUAAGAUCUCACAUUUAGAUUGUCAUGUAGUCCCCGUUGGACAUCCCAGUAGCGCUUCGAAAGACAUUGAAUGGAGAUUGUCAUUUUCCUUAGCUGAGAAAGAACUAAUUCAGAGAAUGAGUAAGCAGUUCUUUAACUGUAUGUACGCUUUGAAAUCAGUAAAACAAAAGUACAUCGUAUACAGUGAAUCUGACAAACCAACGCCAUUCUGCUCAUAUUUUAUAAAGACUGCUUGUUUUUAUAUGUAUGAGACUUUACCAAACCAAGAUUACAGCAUCAUGACUUUAAUUAGAAGAGUAUUGGAUUGGCUUAUUGAUAGUUACAAAAACAGAAACCUACCUCAUUAUUUCAUUUCGGAGCAAAAUUUGAUUGGGCAUCUAUCAGUGGAACGUUGUGAUGACGUAAUAGCCAAAUUGACAACAGUUAAGAGAAAUAUAUGGACUAUGGUGCUGACAAGUGUUGAUGAUAAAUAUCUCAUUAUAAAUCAAGUGGUAGGCCUAUGUAAUAACCUUAAGAUUCCGGGAGUCAGUGGAGAUGACGACUAUAAAAAUGUGGUGUCCAUUCUAUUGAAUAACCCAAAGACAACAGAGUUUCUUGACCAGUGUAUUUCUAAAAGACGCCUUAGUGAUUACAUUUUAAAGCAAAAUGCAUGGGCAGAAACACGUUUUCAUAGCACAUUUAUUCACCUUGACUUACUUAUAAAACAGAGGGCUUUCUCAGAAAUGCUUAGAUGUCCAGAAGAAAAAAUAAUUCCUAUUGUAGAAGAUAUUGACGAGAUAGUGCCAGAGGGAUAUGGAGAUAUUUUCAAAACGCGUUUGUAUAGACUUCUUGGUGAUAUGUACACCUAUAUAUUGAUUUACUUACGAAAAAUUGGUUUUCAUGAUUAUCCGACUUCUUACCAGAAUAAACCCUUACAGUACUAUACAUUAGGUGCUAAAAUGAUGUACCUACACGAAUGGUCGGACAGAUGCAUAGGUGGUCGAGCUCUAAAAGUACAAUACCAUUAUUUAAUGGGUAAUUAUAAGACAUUGGAAAAGACUGUAGACUGGAAACCCGUAUUGUGUAAACUUAAAGAAAAUGAAUUUUUAAUGCACACAAUUUGUAAAAUAAACAUAGAUAUAGAAUCAAUAAUAGUACAAAGUGCUUGGGAUAUUGAUAAAAAGCUGCAGCAAUGUUUCGAACAUACUUUUGGAGCAGUAGCAGUGCAUCCAAUCGUAUUUAUCUUUUAUGUAAUGGCCAAAGUUCAUCUUAGAGAGGGAGAACUAGAGAAGGCCUCCGCGAUUGUGCAAGAAAUGAACGGUUGCCUUAAGAAUAUUACGCACCCCGUAUUACUUGAUACAACAACGUCAAUGAUUGAAUUGAUAGAAAUUGAAAUACUAGAGUUAAGGAGAAUGUUAUACUGUUCGAAUGUAUUAACACCACUUGAGAGACCCGCCCUUGUUCAUACCUUAUAUUCACCAACACAGUGACUGCGAAUAUGAAUAUUACGCUUACAUCUCUGUUAAGCAAUAUUGGAUGUCACUAUUAUUGUUGAUAUGUGAAUGGUUUAGAUCUGAUAGAUUGUCAUUGAAUUACGAAAGUACACAAAGAUUCUAUAGAAACAAGUAAGCAUAAUACGUAAAAUUAAAACCAAAGUUUCUAAAUCAUAGCUGUAAUACGUACAGUUAAGGAUUGUGUAUCUUCAGUGUUCUUAUAAUUUGUAUUGCUCAUUUGUAGGCUUAUUCAAUUUUUAACAUCAUACAUUUAUUAUAUGAUUUAUAGUAAUUCUGUUAUUCAUAAGUAAUAAUCCACGUGGUAGUUGGAACUACGUAUACUGGUAUCGAAGGUCAAUCCUCAUAAACAUUUUAACACACACAUUGUGUAUGUCGAUUGCCCUUCGAUACGGGAAUAAGCAGUUGAAACUACGAACUGGCUUAUUUUACAAGGUUAGACUAAAGACAUACAUAGUGUAACAGUAGUCAGCGAUUUUUUUCUUUAAAGUGUCACCAGCGAUGAGAGGUGAAUUAUGCCAGAAGUUGAUGGGAAAUUAUGCAACAUUAUGCCAAAAUUAAGAAAACUGAUAAUAAUAGAUUAAUUUUUUGAUAAACAGAUCCAAAACAGAUAUAGGUGAGAGAGGGGAAUACUAUCUUAUAAUUUCUUCCAAUAAACAAGUCCUCCUCCUGUAAAACAUCUUAAUCAAAAGUUAAAUUACUGACAACAACAAAAAAGAAGAAAAAGAAAAAAUCAACUGUUAUAACCCCAACAAUUUUAGUUUAUUGACAACCUCAUCCCAUGGUUAAGGCUGAGCUAAAAAAAACUAAAUUGUUAUGGCUCUAGCCUCGAGGUGGCCAGAAAGAUGGCACUAUUGUGGACAUGAAUGUGCAUGCAUUUUUUUCCCGAUAUUAUUUUAAAUUUUUCAAAAUAGAGGGGAUGAUAUAACUCGCUUGUCUAAAAAGCAUAAACUGAAAGCUCAUUUAAACAUACAAUAUAAGCGAUAUUGGUCGCGAAUCAUGCCUCGAGUUGCUUAUUGGGUCAUAGGUUAAAAGGUUUCCCAACGCUGCAUUAAAACACUUAUUAUGAACGGUUGUCUUAUAAACUAUGAUUUCUGUAUCAACAAGUAAAUUACAAUGGCCUGAUCAACAUGCCUAAAAUUGCAAGUUAUAAUCCACUAUUGUCAAUACUAUAAAGGUUAUUGACGAAACACCGAUGGAACAAAAAGAACUUGUAGAAUCGUGUCGCCGAAUUCCGUCUCGCUGUGUUUUGUUCAAUUCACUGUGUCGUUACUUCAAAAGCCUUUGUAUUUAAUUCAUAAAUUUUGUUUAAGGCUUAACCACCACCUAUAUUUAUAAUCUUUCUUAAGUAAAACUAUUAGUACAGUGUAGUGCUAUUAUGACAACAGUAGUACAUUUUUUUUAAU